UGCACUGUCACUUUCACGAAGACACAACGGUCUUUGAGCUUUAUAACUUUCCUUUGCCCGAAUCAACCGACAAAAGGGCAACAAACCCUGCGAUGAAGUUUUAUUAAUUAGUUUCUCUUUUGUUAAUAUGUUUGUAUGUGCCUAUUACACGUCAUGAAGACUCUAAACAUGCGAAUAAUAGCCUAAUUGUCAUGUUCGUUUUCAAACAGAACAGCGGUCUUUGUUGAGUGUCUGCUUCACGUUGUUCUGUAUGUUGUCAUUGUGUAAUAUUGUGUUCAAAUAGUGUGAAGAGAAGCAGAAGAGAUAUGAUAUAAUGAUGUCAUCAACAUGAAAUGAUUGUUUCGAUAGAAUCGGUUUGAGUAAUUAGCUAAAAUACGCUACAGUUUAUAAGACUGUCUCGACAGAUUGUGGAUUAAAUAUUACAUUUAAAUUCCAGAUAAAAAUACAAUAUUGUCCAGUUACACUUAUUCUGUCUUGUUUUGCAGCCUGUAGACUGUUGUUGUUGUUAUUGUUGUUGUUGUUUUUGCAGACAGAUAUAUCUUGGUAUUGUGAACAGGUUUAUGUACCACCUUGCACAUACAGUUUGUGAGAGAUAACAUCGCGUUAAAUGACAUUUUGCUGCCAGGAAACAAACUUCAGCGAGUGUUUGAAAACACGGCGAUGACAGUAAUCACGUGGAUGCAUGUUCAGCAAGUGACCACUAGAUGGUAGUGUUGAGCCACGAAGCGAUCAGUCAACGAUGCGCUACAUCACAGGGAUCGCUUUUGCAACGUUCUAUACUUCCAAUUUGGGCCUCAAACAGCUCACAUAGCAUGCAUCAGGCAUCGCAUGUAUCAAAGCAGAACGACUGUAUAUUAUUUCAUUUUAGUUAUUGAUGCAACUUAUGCAGAAAUGAUGCAAUAUUUCCUUCAGAAAACGUCAGAGAACUGGAGGGUUAGUGGAAUUGAUUUACUGAUCUGCUCGUUUUGAGCCUUUGAACCUUGUGCUAAUAUAGGAGGUGUCAUGUGCACGUGUGAUGUGGUGUUGUGUGGUCGAACAAACAAGACACUUGAAGGCAUCUGAGGCUCAGGGAUGUUGUGACAGGCAACGAAGAAGAGAUAUUGUCAGGUUAAUCUGUAGUGAAGGUGAUGAUCAGUUGCAGCACUUAUUGGCAUUCUGUUCGGAAAAUUAAGCCAAAGUGUGUUUAUGUGUUGUAGGCAGUGUUUGGUUGUAGGAUACAAAGAUUAUUAAAGACAUAAAAUCAAAGACCCCCUCUCUUCCAGAUCAUCAUGUCCCAGGCUGACGCAGACCCCUCCACUGGCAUCCCCCCUCACACUGACCCCAGCCCCUGUCAGGACGUCCCAGCAGCCUUUGCGCCGCCUCCAGCUCCCCUGCAGCCUCCUUUGAUCCCCGAGAGUUUCGACCUCCCGCAGUCCACCGCAGAGGGGACCAGCGCAGAGGACACCUCGGAGGGUCCGCCUGACCAACUGGAGCCUGCUGCCGAGGGUCAGGUGAUCAUAUGUGACCAACCGGUGAGCCUGGAGCCGGAGCCAGAGCCCGAGGCUGCAGAGGAGGAUGUGGAGAGGUCCCCUCAGGAGAAAGAGAAAGGCUGGGGAGGUUGGAGUUCAUGGGGAAAAUCCCUCCUGAGCAGCGCCUCCUCCACCAUGGGUCAGAGCCUGACCUCGGUUAAAACCAAGGCAGGAGAAGCGCUGCGUCUCCAGAGGACCUCGGUGGGAGAGGAGGCGCAAGAAGAAGAAGAGGAGGAGGAGAAGGAGGAGGAGGAGGGAGGCGAGGAGGAGAAGAAAGUGAGAGGAGGUGAAAGUGCAGAAACUGAGCUGUCCAGUUGUGGGGAGACACCUGUUAGUGCUGCAGCUUCUGGCAGGAGCGUCUUCUCUACGAUCACACACGCCAUGCAGAACACAGGUAAGUCAGUGAUCAGCGGCGGUUUAGACGCCUUGGAGUUCAUUGGAAAGAAGACCAUGAUUGUUCUUGCUGAGACUGACCCGGGUUUCAGAAAGACCAAGACCCUGAUGCAGAAGACGGCAUCGCUGAGUCAGAUGUUAAGGGAAGCUAAAGAGAAAGAGCGGGCCUGUCUGGGCAACCAGCCAAUCAGCGCACCCGCUGCUCACUACAGCAUUCUGUUUGACGACUACCAGGGCUUGCCGCACCUUGAGGCCCUGGAGAUCCUGUCCAAUGAGAGCGAGGCCAAGGUCCAAGCCUUCCUCUCCUCCCUGGUGGAAGAGGAGCAGGAUGAGGUGAAGAAGGAGCUAAUUGUCAUCAAGGACAUCUUCAUCAAGCGAGAGGAAGAGGAAAAAGUAGACGAAGGAGGACAGACGAAGGAUAACGGUGAUCUAAGUUCCCACUUACACUGUUCUACCCCCUUAUCCACCGACGGCGAGGAGUUUGUGAGCGUUCUCACUGAGCUGCUGUUUGAGCUUCACCUUGCCGCGACGCCGGACAAACUCAACAAGGCUCGGAUGAGGGCCCAUGAUUGGGUGAGCGAGGUGGAACAGCCUGUCACUACGGAGACGGUUCACGGGGACAUGCAGGACCAGCCGGCAGGAGAGGCCUCACCUGGAGAGAAGGAAAAGGAGGAGAUGAAGAAGAAGAAGGAUGGGGAGGAGCAGCAGGGGGAAGAAGGGAAGGGAGGAGAGGAGGACGAGAAGAAGAAGGAGGAAGAGAACGGCCCCAGAUCUGUAGAGGCUGUCUACCUGUCAUCAAUAGGCAGUCUGGCAGAAGUGACCGCUCGCAGCAUCGAGCAGCUCCACAAGGUGGCAGAGCUCAUCCUCCACGGCCAGGACCUGGAGAAACCAGCCAGAGACCAGGCUCACAUCCUCACUAGGUUGACAUGUGCCAUGUGUAAGGAGGUGGAGUGUUUGGCCAAGAAGUUCUCCGACACACUGCUUCUCGUUGGGGGCCAGAGGAAAGCAGAGGAGUUGAAUCCGCUGGUAGACAAUGUGCUGUUAGAGGGCUCUAACAGUACCAACUACAUCGAGAAUGCACUGCAGCUGCUGCUGCCCGUCCUGCAGAUCUCCCACAUCCAGAGCCAGCACUGUCGCUCCACCACAGAACCAGCAGCACAGACGCAGCAAUAACGCACACACACAGACGCGCACACACACGCACACUACCUGCUCACCCGCUUGUCUUAAUGUAUUGUUGUACAGAAAAGUAUGGAGAACAGAUUAUUCCAGAUGAAGUGCUUAAAUCUACAUCCAGUGCCAUAGCGACAGGCAGAAUAUGUUUUCUAUAUAUAAAUAUAUAUAUACUUAAUAUAAUCUUUAAGAUUUAACAACUGGAUGCAUGUAGAAAUGACCGACAUGCAGGUUGUAUGUAUGACUCCUCCACGGUGUAUCUCUGAUUGUUAUUUUGCUUCGUGACUCAUUCUGUCCAACAAAACAAAGAUGUUUCUGCAUUGUGUCCCAAAGCUGAACCAAAAGUGACUGUCUGUGUUGAAGGCCCUCUACAUUAAUGUAUAUUGAGCUUUCUUUGCACUCCUUAUGGUCCUCUGUUUUUGUUUUUUUUAACACUAGUGAAAUGUGUUGUUUAGCUGAAACACUUUAAUCUGGUUUGAGACAAAAUGCCAGUGUGAUUAUACACUACAAUUUGUGCUUCUUUUUUAUGUUAAAUUAUGUAAAGACACACUACCAUUUAUUUCAGUCUCUGGUUUCAUUUGUCAGAAAAAUACGAUCUUCAAUUUUUUUUUUAUGGCAAAAUAUUACCUUGUUAUAUUGUUUACAUUGAAGAUGUAAUAUAUGUUAAUUCAUCUCUAAUUAUGUUUUGUUGUGCUGCUACAUUUAACAAGUAUACAGUAGUUCAACAUUUUUGGGAAAUUUUCCUUGUUCGCUUUUUUGCCGAGAGUUAUUGGAGAAGACCACGUUCAUAUCGAACUCUUGGCAAGAAGGAAAAUGUAUUCCUCAGAAUGUUGAACUAUGUCUUUGAUAACAAAAUGGCAUGUCAUGCCCGUUGUUAGAUCCUAAUCCCAACACCUUGAAGAAGGCUUGAGCCGAAACAUUUUAUUUCCUCUUGCCCUCCUGAAUAAAGGCUUGUAAUACUGUU